UCUGUUCUCUGUGUCUGGGUUCCUUCUUCUUCUCUCUCUCGGCCAGAGCGGCCUCAGCAGCAGCAGCAGCAGCAGCAGCAGCGCCUGGCACUGAGGAGGCGCCCCCUGAUCUGAGGGGGAUUCGCAGCAGCAGGAGAAGAAGCAGCAGCAGCAGCGCCUUUCCCUCCGCCUCAGUCCCCCUUCUCCCAGGAGGAGGAGGAGGAGGAGGAGGCUGAGGCUGGAGCCAUUGGGUCGGAGCUGGAGCACAGCCGCCGGCCAGGAGAAGCCACAGCCUCACCGGCGGAGGCGGAUAAGGAGGAGGAGGAGGGGGCUGCAGGACGGUGAUUCUGAGUGAAGGACCUUGCAAGCGCUACUAAGUGGUUAUCAUGGGCUUAAUUGCAUUUCUGAAGACCCAGUUUAUAGUUCACCUCCUGAUUGGGUUUGUCUUUGUCGUGAGUGGGUUCAUCAUUAACUUCAUCCAGCUAUGCACUCUAAUCCUCUGGCCUAUAAACAAGCAGUUUUAUCGACGAGUAAACUGUCGACUUUCCUAUUCAUUGUGGAGCCAGUUAGUGAUGCUGUUGGAAUGGUGGUCUGGUACAGAAUGUACUCUCUUCUCAGACCACGACACAGUUGCUAAGUUUGGGAAAGAGCAUGUCAUCAUCAUCCUGAACCACAACUUUGAAAUUGAUUUCUUGUGUGGCUGGACCAUGACGGAGCGCUUUGGUGUGUUAGGGAGUUCAAAAGUCCUUGCUAAGAAAGAACUGUUGUAUGUGCCCCUGAUUGGCUGGACAUGGUAUUUCCUGGAAAUAGUUUUCUGCAAAAGAAAAUGGGAAGAAGAUAGAGACACAGUUAUUGAAGGGCUAAAAAGAUUGUCUGAUUAUCCAGAGUAUAUGUGGUUUCUCUUGUAUUGUGAAGGAACUCGUUUUACAGAGACAAAACAUCGUAUCAGCAUGGAGGUGGCAGAGUCCAAGGGAUUGCCUAAACUCAAAUAUCACCUAUUGCCCAGAACCAAAGGUUUUACUACUGCUGUCCAGUGUCUCAGGGGAACAGUUUCAGCAGUGUAUGAUGUAACGUUAAACUUCAGAGGAAAUAAGAAUCCAUCUUUAUUAGGAAUCCUUUAUGGGAAGAAAUACGAAGCAGAUAUGUGUGUCAGGAGAUUUCCACUAGAAGAUAUUCCUUUAGAUGAAAAGGAAGCAGCAAAGUGGCUUCAUACACUUUACCAGGAAAAGGAUGCUUUACAAGAGAAGUAUAAUCAAGAGGGCAUAUUUCCUGGAAAGCAGUUCAAACCUCCCAGAAGACCAUGGACUCUCCUCAACUUCCUCUUCUGGGCUACCAUUCUCCUGUCUCCUCUUUUCAAAUUUGGUUUUGGAAUUUUUGCAAGUGGAUCACCUCUUCUGAUUCUUGCAUUCCUGGGGUUUGUUGGAGCAGCUUCCUUUGGAGUUCGUAGACUGAUAGGAGUAACAGAAAUAGAGAAGGGCUCCAGCUACGGCAACCAAGAAUUCAAGAAAAAGAAAUAAUUUUACAGAUGAAGUUUUGAACAUAUAACAAGACUGUGAUAUCAAAUUAACUUCAUUGAAAGAAAGACACUUAGAAAACUUAUCUUUUUUCUUUAUUAACUGAUAACUAAUAAUACUUGAGCCAAGACUGAAGAAAUGGGAAAAUUCAAGAGAAGAGGAAACAAUUGAAUAUCUUCCUAAGGAUCCCUGUACUCAUAGUUUUUGGAGAAAAACUGGGCUAAAAAAAUCAACAUGAACUUUUUCCCCUUUUUUGUGGGUGGGGGGAGCUUAUGGGUGAAGCUACAUGCAUCUUCAGAUAACUGUUUUGUCUUUCAAGAAUACAACACUUACUUUUCAAGAGAAGAUACCAGUUUCUUCUUGUUAAAAAUGAUCUAACAUUUUCUUACUUUUAGCAUCUUUUAAAAAGAAAAUAAGGCAGCAUGCAUUGCAGCAAAACAUGGUAUCUGGUUCAUUUUACAGCUGUUUCUUGGAGAGGAAGCCACUUGGAAAAGCUACUUCAUCCUUGCAAUCAUUUUAGUUUGUCUUUAUUUUAAUAUUUAUUAGUGUGUACAAUACAAUGGCAUUGUGAUGACAGCAGUACGUUUAUUGAUACGCACGUGUUUUCAGCCACUAGGAUGGAUGCAAUUUUAACCUUUUUCCACUUAUGCUGUGAUAGUGAAAUUGGCACAGGCUUAUUCAGUGACCUACAUAGAUGCUGAGUGCUGUUUCAGGGCUUCAGAAAUGUAGGGGCAAAUGUGUCAGGAGAUUGGUUAACGUUGUAGUGUCUGUUGAUUUAGUUCUUGGGGCUCUUUUGAAUAUCCAUUGUCUUGAACUAUUUUCUGUCAAUUCCCAUCAAUGGUUUCCUUUUUUAAUUUUGAGAAUAUGGAACAACAAAAAACAAAACAAAACCCAGCAUUCUUCUCUCCUCCUUCCUCCUUUUUAAUUUUUUAAAAGACUUAUAGUGCAUCAGUUCAUAAUUGAAAUGGCACUUUUGCACUAUAAUGCCAUGACGCUUCCCCAAAAAUAUAUUAAAAAUUAAGAGAGGAGAAAAAUUGCCCAUCAAACCAUACAACCAUCUCAACAACUCAUGCCCUUGAUUUAAAAAACAGCCUUGGAGGAGACCUAUAGCAGAUCCAAAACAAAAACAAAAAACUGACAUUUGGAGCUAAGUGACCACAACCGUUCCUGGUCUUGUAAGUUUUUACCAGGUUCAUUCUGCUCUCCUGUAUGGCUUUAUUCUGAAAACCAGCACAGCAGUAGAGUUUAGAAAAGUUACUUUUUUUUUUAACUGCAGCUCCUUGUCCCCACAUAGCCAUUGCCCACGCUGACCAAAAGAUUCUGGGAGUUGUAGUCCAAAAAUGUAAUUUUCCCUCCAGUUCUUCAUAGAUGCCUAGAACAAAAACUUCUAUUUAACAACUCUCAAAAGCAGUAAGCAUUUGGGGCUAGUACUGUGUGUGCGUGCAUGCAUGCGUGUGUGUGUGUGCAUGCAUGAGUACACGUGUACAGGCAUGUGUUUGUGAGAGAAAAAGUAAAAUUUUAUAUCGUCUUUUUAUCUGAUACUUGAAGGACAUUCUUCCAGAUGAGGCUGGGGGCUCUGACAGCUGGGAUGUCACUUUAAUUGUUCUCUGUUGUUACAGCAGAUCUCCAGGUGAACCAACAGUCUGUUUGACACCUAACAAAAAUUGAUAUCUACACAUCAGAUGAUACAGAUUAUUUCUUCUCUUUAUCAUCAUCAUCAUCAUCAUCAUCAUUAUUAGGUUUAUUUAGUUUUCUUAGCAUUUUCUGCUGCAUGUUAUAUCUCCCCAAAAUAGUUUCUGUCAUCUUUGGCUCCAAAGAACACUGACAGGUGCUACACAGCCUUCAUGGUGGUAGUUCUAUUCAAUCAGACUCUAUUAUGGCCACUUCCCUGAGGAAAGCCAUAGAUUUGAAGUGUCUUGCAAACUAUCCACAUUUUGACUGAUUUGGGAACUCUUACGUUUCUCUGUUGAAUGGAUUUUAAGUAAAUGCUUAUCCCCAGGGAGGCAGCCUCCUGUCAGAGGCUGUUUUGUGUCCCUGAUAGAACUUUGCAGAUUGAUUGAAGUUUACAUGUUUCAAAAGGGGGGUAUUAGUAAGUAUGUGACAGUGGCAUGUAUCUUCUUCCAGUGGUGGGACCAAAAUUUUGCAAUCGGCUCUGCACUAACAAAACAAAACAAAAAUCUAAAUAAUGCUAUCUAAAUAGAGUUCAAAGCAGAAUUGUUCUGUACUGAUCCAGAAAAUGUAAUAUUAAUACACACAGACUUAUAUGAAGAUUUGAUUACUAAUUUGUAAGACAGUAUUAAAAAACUGAGUGCUCUCCCUCUCUCCCCCCCCCCCCCCCCUCUCAAAGCUAAGGGUAAAUGUGUAAUAUUUUACUUCUAAAAUGUGACUGUUCAUGCUAACUUUUUAUUCCUUACCCACAGAAGGUCACUUAAUUUCUGGAAUACCAUGAUGUGCAAGUUGCCACUUGGAAACUUGGAAAAAGUCUCUGUGGAAAUUGCUUGCCAUUACUUUCUCAAGCACAUGCCCACUUGUUUAGGUACUUCUAAAUAAAAGUGGUUGAUUUUUUGUUUUGUUUUGUUUUUAAGUCAUCUUAUGGGCUGCAACCAAAACAACUGAUAUGCAAGUAUGGUAGGGAGUGGAUUGCAGGAGAAAUGUUUUGUUGCUCCAGUUUCUGUUGCUAAAGAGACAAAGCAUUUUUCAAACUAAAGAGUUGCUUGUCUUCAACUAGAAUUACUAUUUCAGGCAGAAGCUGUAACUGCAUUCAUUUCUUUCCUGCAUGUAUAUACCAGUACUUCAGAUCACAGCCCAGUGUAUCCAUACAUUUUGCUGUGACUUUCCCCUAGCAGAACAUUGUGCUGUUAAUCCCAGAAUACACAAAUAAUUCUUCUUGAGAGGAAUGAAAUCUACCCUGACUGUAAGGGCAGACAACUCAUAUAUUAACUUCAUUGGAAGUUGAAUAUGUGCUUCUUGGGGAGGGGCAGAAUCCAGCUAUGACUAUAUAUAUAUAUUUUUAAAUUCAGUAGAUAUUUUCUGCUUUUUGUUUGUUUUUUAAACUGUUUUAACAGCUGAGCAGAAAAAAAAAUCUCUUUUCUGUCCAGAGCACUGAAAGAGUUGGGAUUGUAAAAGUAUUUGGUAAAUAACUCUUGCUUGUUGGAAGGUUAUUUUUUUCCCUAUAACAAAUGCUGUAUAAAUGCUUUCCGAAAAAGAUUUUGAAUACAGUAUAUUUUAAUUGCACUUAAGAACAAAAGCAAAGUAGGAAGCCCACUGGCUGUGUGAUAGAAUUAUAUGUGAGCAAGGAGCUAUGUACUGCUAGGUAAGCCCAGAAUUUUUUUUACGCCAUUAAGAGGGGCGGGGCGGGGGGGGUCAGACAAGGAGAAGUUGGAGGAAAGAAGAAUGAGCAUAGAAAUCUUUUUUAAAAUAGGUGUCUAGUUUCUAGUUAGUACAGAUAACUCCUGCUUGAAAGUAAUGGGAGUAGUGCAUGUAUGUUACGGGGAGAAAAAGCAGAUGAUUUUCUUCUAUUUUACUUUCAUAUCAUGGCAUACUGAUCAUAUUUUAUUAUAAAAACAUAGCAAGGAGCACACAUUAAUUUGUCUGCAAUUCUAGGAAGACAUAUCCAUUUUGAAAACAAAAGCGUACAACAUUGCACAAUAUAGUAUAUGAAAACUCAUCUUUUUGGCUUGAACUUUGGUUUGUGUCUUCAAAUAGUUUUUUUUUUUUAAAAAAAUACAGAGUAUGUAUGAAAGAAUAUUACUGGAAAUAGCAGUAAGUAUGUCUCAUAACAAAACUCAAGUGGUUUGGAUUGGAACCAUGAGCAUAGAUUUUAUACCUUACACUAUUUUCUUCUGGUUUAAUAGAACAUAGCUUGUAUAUUUGACUACCAAGCCCUUUGAGAGCAAUAAUAAACAAAAUAUACCAUGA